AUCAGCUGAUCAUAUGACUUGAGUGUUCCUUUAUUACGUUGAUAUACUUACCUUUGAUGUGUUCAUAUGCUAAGAGAACUGGACUUUAAAUACUUAAAACUUUUCAGGAGCUCAAGCAUCAAGGUGAUUCGUGCAGUUUAUUAAUAUCCUAAGCAAUUAUGUUCAGGGAAUUAGCAGUAGUAGCCAUACUGGUAGGCAGCAUUAGUGCCGACACCCCUGCCAACUGCACCUAUCAAGACCUACUGGGCCAGUGGAACUUUCAGAUUGGAGAGAGUGGCUAUGACAGGACAUUGAACUGCUCAAAUUUUGGUUCACUCUCAAAUCCUGCCAAAAGCAAGCUGAUGGUUACCCUGUACUUUCCCGACCUUGCCAUCGAUGAGUUUGGCAAUCGUGGAUGGUGGACACUCAUCUACAAUCAGGGAUUUGAGGUUGUAUUGAGUGGCAGGAAGUACUUCGCAUUCUCAAUGUACAAGAAGGACGGUUCCACAUACGAGAGCAUGUGUGAUCAAACGAUGCCUGGUUGGUCACAUGACAUUUUCGGGCAUAACUGGGCCUGCUAUUCGGGAAGUAAGGUCGAACGCCUGCCAUUGAGAUAUCAGAAACACGUUUUAAGCACAAGUCCUGUGUAUGCUGGCGUUAAGUAUCAGUCUGAUGCUGCUCUUGUCAGUGAGAUCAACAGAGCUCAGAGGUCUUGGAGAGCUGUAAAAUACCCUCAGUUUGAAAGACUGGACAUCGAAGAUAUGAUCAAAAUGGCUGGAGGUCGCAAGUCUAGAAUACCCAGCAUUCCCAAGCCCGCACCGGCCACUCCAGAGCACACCCGCCUGGCUGAUAACUUACCCACAGAGUUUGACUGGAGAAACGUCGAUGGCAUGAACUAUGUGUCACCCAUCAGAAACCAAGGGUCGUGUGGAAGCUGCUACGCGUUCGCAUCUAUGGGAAUGAACGAGGCCCGUUGGCGGAUCAUGACCAACAACACCGUUACACCCGUCUUCUCACCGCAGGAUGUCGUCGAGUGCAGUGAAUACUCACAAGGCUGUGAGGGGGGAUUCCCUUACCUAAUUGGAGGGAAGUAUGCGGAGGAUUUCGGCCUUGUUUUGGAGGAGUGUAAUCCGUAUAAGGGACGGGAUGGCACGUGCUCGACGCUGUCUAACUGCCCGCGCUUGUACUCCACCAAAUAUGAAUACAUCGGCGGCUUUUAUGGAGCGUGUAACGAAGAUCUGAUGAGGAUAAAUCUUGUCAAAAACGGACCGAUGGCCGUAGCGUUCGAGGUUUACAACGACUUCUUCAACUACAAAGGCGGGGUUUACCACCACACGGGUCUACAAGACAGGUUUAACCCAUUCGAAAUCACAAAUCAUGCAGUGCUAUUGGUUGGUUACGGGACGGAUCGAACCAAUCCGGACGCGCCCGAGAAUUACUGGAUCGUAAAGAACAGCUGGGGCGAGGGUUGGGGAGAAGAUGGGUACUUCCGGAUCCGGCGGGGGACGGACGAGUGCAGCAUCGAGAGUAUUGCUGUUCAGGCAUUCCCCAUUAUGUAACUGCCGGAGUGUUGAUGUGAACUCUGGAGUUUAAUAAGGUUUAUAUAGAGAUAUUUGGUCGAUUGGUGCAGAAACAUAAGUUAACCAUUCCAAACAAUAUUACAUAUACAUGCUAUUGGUUGUACUUAAGUGUUGUAUAUAUUGUAUGUAAGUCAGUUGUGUAGAUGCUAGUGUGAUCUGUGAUAAUUAACGACCAUAAACAUAUAGUCCUGAUAUAUUAGUAGCUUCUAUGUGUUUAAAAUUGCGCAGAGUAUUUCUUCAUAAUUUCAUAGUAAUGGACAGAAUCACCAUUUACGAAAUGGUUUUUAUAGUUUAAGAAUAAAUAAAAAAUAUGCUUUACUGG